AUGGCAUCUAGUGCAGAUAUCCUGAGCAUCAAGGCAUAUGGAGCUACACGCUCUACGGUAAAAGAAAUACCUCUUGAUCCAGAAGAAAUCCGCAAGACCGACGCGUACUUUCGGGCAAGCAUGUACCUUUGUCUUGGCAUGCUCUACCUCCGCGACAAUGUCCUUCUCAGAGAGCCUCUCAAGAAGGAACAUAUCAAAGGUCGGCUCUUAGGUCAUUGGGGAUCUGGGACAGGCCAGUCUUUUACGUGGAUUCAUAUGAACCGCUUGAUCAAGAAGUAUGACCUGGAUGUGCUUUUCGUUUCUGGUCCUGGUCAUGGUGCCCCCGGGGUUCUCUCACAGUCGUACCUCGAGGGGGUCUACACGGAAGUUUACUCCGACAAGACUGAAGAUGAAAGUGGCAUGCAGAAACUUUUCAAGCAUUUUUCGUUCCCGGGAGGAAUUGGUAGCCAUUCAACACCAGAGACCCCAGGUAGUCUUCACGAAGGCGGUGAGCUGGGGUAUUCCAUAUCUCACGCUUUCGGCACCGUCUUUGACAAUCCGAACCUCAUCACUCUAACUAUGGUCGGAGACGGGGAGUCGGAGACUGGACCUCUGGCAACGAGCUGGCAUAGUACCAAGUUCCUCAACCCAAUCACCGACGGAGCAGUACUUCCAGUCCUUCAUCUUAAUGGAUACAAGAUCAACAAUCCAACUAUCCUUGCACGCAUCAGUCACGAUGAGCUGUCCUCGCUGUUCGCUGGCUAUGGGUGGACUCCAUACUUUGUGGAAGGUAGUGACAGGGAAAGUAUGCACCAAGCCAUGGCGGCAACUCUCGAGCACUGUGUCUUGGAAAUCCGGAAAUACCAGAAGCAAGCUCGAGAUUCGAAGACGCCAUUUCGCCCCAAAUGGCCAAUGAUAAUCCUACGCACCCCCAAAGGGUGGUCCGCCCCCAGAGAGAUUGAUGGGAAGUAUGUGGAGGGCUUCUGGCGUGCUCACCAGAUUCCCAUCACUGAUGUCCACACAAAUCCUUUACAUCUGGAGCUUCUGGAAACAUGGAUGAAAAGAUACAAGCCAGAGGAAACGUUUGACCAUAAGGGCCGAUUGAUUCCUGAACUAAGAGCGCUUGCACCCGAAGGUAAGUCUCGUAUAAGUGCAAAUCCGGUGUCCAACGGAGGUCUGCUCCGUAAACCUCUUGAUAUGCCCAUUUUUCCCUCUUACGCACUGUUGAAUAUUGAUCCUGGCGUCUCUGUUCGCGGGAGCAUGGUCAAUAUGUCGCAGUUCCUGCGCGACGUUGUUGCAAAAAACAUGGUCAACUUCCGAGUGUUUGGUCCAGAUGAGACCGAGUCUAAUAAACUGGGCGAAAUAUACAAAGCAGGAAAGAAAGUCUGGAUGGGAGAAUACUUCAAAGAAGAUGAAGACGGAGGAAAUCUGGCACCAGAGGGCCGCGUUAUGGAGAUGCUCAGCGAGCACACUUGUGAGGGUUGGCUGGAAGGAUAUAUCCUUUCUGGCCGUCAUGGUCUUUUGAACAGUUACGAGCCCUUCAUCCACAUCAUCGACUCAAUGGUCAACCAACACUGCAAGUGGAUUGAGAAAUGUCUUGAAGUUGAGUGGCGUGCUAAGGUAUCCUCUCUCAAUAUCCUCCUCACUUCAACGGUCUGGAGGCAAGACCAUAAUGGCUUCACGCAUCAGGAUCCCGGAUUUUUGGACGUUAUUGCCAACAAAAGUCCAGAGGUGGUCCGGAUCUACCUCCCGCCAGACGGGAACUGUCUUCUAUCAGUUACAGACCACUGCUUGCGCAGUGUCAACUAUGUUAAUAUAGUUGUAGCUGACAAGCAAGACCAUAUGCAGUUCCUCAAUAUGGAAGAAGCCGUGGAGCACUGCACCAAAGGCCUCGGAAUCUGGAAUUGGGCCAGUAAUGACCAGGGUCAGGAACCUGAUAUCGUGAUGGCCUCUUGCGGCGAUGUUCCGACACAGGAAGCUCUGGCGGCCACUGCGCUCCUCCGGGAGCAUCUUCCACAGCUGAAGAUUCGGUUUGUUAAUGUAGUGAACUUAUUCAGGCUGAUGUCGGAACGGCAUCAUCCCCACGGUCUGCCUGAUAGACAAUGGAGAGCUAUCUUCACUGAUGACAAGCCGAUCAUAUUCAACUUCCACUCAUAUCCCUGGCUUAUCCAUCGUCUCACUUACAAACGGCCUGGACAACACAAACUCCAUGUUCGAGGAUAUAAAGAGAAGGGCAAUAUCGAUACCCCUUUUGAACUUGCAAUUCGGAACCAGACCGACCGAUACAGUCUCGCCAUCGACGCGAUUGAUCGUGUUGAAUCACUGCGUAACACGGCUUCUAGUGUUCGCGAGAAGUUCAUCAAUAGUCAGUUGGCGGCGAGGUUGGCUGCAUUCGAGGAUGGUAUUGACCCCGAUCAUAUUCGCAAUUGGACUUGGGCCUACCGGAAGAAGGGAAAAGAGUAG